AUGUUGAAUCCUCCUGAUGCUUACCUCAAUGGUGACCUUCAAGAAACUGUUUACAUGCAACAACCUCCCUCUUUUCCCCAAGGCUCCCCAAAUCAGGUUUGCAAACUUCAUAAGUCAAUUUAUGGUUUGAAACAGGCCCCUCGAGCCUGGUUUACUAAAUUGGCUGCCACUUUAUCUCGAUUUGGCUUUCAGAAUACCAGGUCAGAUCCUUCUUUGUUCGUACGAUUUACUAAAACUUCUACUAUGUAUGUUUUAGUGUAUGUUGAUGAUAUUCUUGUUACUUGUAAUAGUGAUUCUGAGAUUGUUCAACUUAUAUCCCAACUUAAUUCCAUUUUUGCUUUGAAGGACUUGGGAGAAUUCAAUUUCUUUUUAGGCAUAGAAGCAACAAAAACAACAUCAGGAUCUUACAUAUUAUCACAAUCAAAGUAUAUUAGAGACCUUUUAGUUAGAUCUAAGAUGCAUGAAUCUCAUCCUAUGCCUACUCCCAUGAUUACUAGUACUAAACUUUCAGCUCAUGGCAGUGAUGUAUUUGAUAAUCCAACUCAUUACAGAUCAAUUGUUGGAGCCCUUCAGUAUGCCACUCUAACCAGGCCUGACAUUGCUUAUGCUGUGAAUAAAGUUUCUCAGUAUAUGCAUAAACCUCUUCUCCCACACUGGAAGUGUGUUAAGAGAAUUUUGAGAUAUUUAGCAGGUACCAUUGAUCAAGGACUUUUCUUUCAAUCUUGUACUGAUUUGACUUUGUUUGCCUUUGCAGAUUCAGAUUGGGGCUCGGACGUUGAUGACCGUCGAUCCACAACUGGCUUCUGUGUCUAUCUUGGCACCAAUCUGGUCUCUUGGGCAAGUAGAAAGCAACAUUCUGUCAGCAAGUCCAGUGCUGAGGCUGAGUUCAGGAGCAUUGCUGCAGCCAAAACAGAUCUUCGGUGGAUAUUGAACUUGUUCACUGAACUUCGACUCCAAUGUUCAAACACUCCUGUGAUUUACAGUGAUAACAUCAGUGCUGUCUUGCUCACAGCCAAUCCUAUCCUCUAUAACAAAACCAAACACUUUGACCUUGAUCUCCAUUCAGUACGGGAGCGAGUAAAUCGCAAUCAGCUUGUUGUAGUUCACAUCCCAGCCACAGACCAAGUUGCAGAUCUUUUGACCAAGCCUCUGUCCCUUCCCACCUUUGAUCGUUUCAAGAACAAACUCAGGGUCUUGUCUAAAACGACCAUGAGUUUGAGGGGGGGGUGUUAA